AUGACGCGUAAAUUUGACAAUUCUAAUCUCAAUUCAGCUUAUUUAAAUAAUUUACAUGGAUCACAACGUUGUGUUCAACGAAGUGCCAGCAUGCUUUCUGUUCGACCGGCACGUCAUGUAGCAUGUCCACGACGGUUAAAAUACAUACACGAUAUUAAAGAUUCGUACAUUCCAUAUGUUGAAGAAGAGGUAACGAAUAGGGACAAUGGAAGAAGAAAAAAUUGCUUAAGACGAAAUACUGUAUCCAAAGAAAAUUUAUGUCUUUAUAAUACAGCAGAUACGUGGAGAAAAGAAUUAAUGCAACUUGCUCAACAGGUACAAACAAGUUAUGAUUCAGAUGAAAGCAAAAUAUCCAAAAGAAUACUGAAUAAUAGACAAAAAAGUCAUAGUACCACGUCCUGUUAUAAUAGCACCGAUGACGAACACAAAUUACACAAACAACGUUUGUUAGUAAGACGAAACAGUAUUCAACAAAAGCGUAAUAGUUUGACACAAGUUGGAACAAGUACUGAUGGUGAAAAAAAAGAUGAAAACGUUCAAGAACAUAAUCCUGACGCCGGAAUUUGGCUAUUACCAUUAUUAUGCCACGUUUUACAAACAGACAAUCUGACAGAUGCUCAAAACUGGCUUGUCAAUGCAAAUAAUACAGAAAAACGUUUAGCGAUGGAAGUAAUUAGUCGAACAAUGCAAGAUAUGAAUCAAGAAGAUACAGCGUCUGACAUAUCAAAAACAAGUGCUCCUCAAAUAUCCUAUACGUCUGACUCAUUCAACAUCUAUUGGCCUUGUAAGGUCUUUCAAAAGCAAGAGCGUUCACGUGUCUUGCCUUCAUAUACAACAAUAAAGAAAGCAAAACCCUCCAAAGCUGGAUUUCAUCUCCCACCACUCAAUUUUCAAAAUGAUGUUUCAACAGCAAGUGUAUCAUUAGAUACUUGUGAACGAGCUACAAGUCCCGUACGUUUUAUGACACCUAAGUAUCAAACUCUCGAGCACGCAUCACCGACUGUCGUUCCCACAAAUAAUCCACAAACACGUCCAAUUGAUAAAGUCGAUGAUGCUGUCGUUCAGGCGGUGGCAACCUCAACACAUUGCCAAAAUCGUCAAAUCAUGGAGAAAUUACCAAUAAAUCGUUCCAGCUCACGUUCACGAGUAGUUGCAACAAGCAUGGGUGAUAGAAGCGAUCGGAAUUCUGUAAAACAAUCAUCAUUGAAUAAUCAAAAUGAAUACGAAGCAGCCAAAAAUGGUAUUGAAUUUGCUCAAGCAUGUAUUAAAACAGCCAAAGCAACGUACACAUCACAACAUCAUAAACUUGUAGUCGCAUUUCGUCGUAAUGCUUUGAAAAAAGAUGAUUUUGAUGCACAAGUAAUUACUUUAAAAAAUGCGGUUGAAACUGAUACAAUCCAUUGGCAUGCGUAUGUUCAAAAACUAACAGAAUUAGUAACUAAUUACGAAAAAUCUUAUCAAUCAUCACUAACAAUGAAUAGAUCUGACUCAUCGUCACGACAAAAACGAGCACAUGAAGAUACUGAUACCAGAUCAACAACAUCACAAGGCGUUCCAUCUACUGUUUUAACGAAUGUGAAAGCUUUUAUUAAUAACGUUGAAAAUGAUGAAGAUACCAAUAAUCAAGUAACUAAACGGGGCCGUUUUUUACCAGUCGAUAAUAAACAAGAAAUAUCUGAAGAGGAUUCAGAUUUAUCAACUUCGUUGUCCAAUAGUUCAGAUGACGAAGACUCUCCAUCAAGGUCACACGAUAGAUUAUCAGCGUCUCAGUAUAACAUUCACGGUGACUUAAAACGUCCGUUAUUGGGAUUCACUUCUGAAACAACAAAAAAUGGAAAGAAAAGUCAAGGCCAACGAAAAAAUGAAAAUGAUACAACAUCAUCUAAUCUAGAAGGAUUGAAUAAACGUCAACGAAGUCGUCUUCGAAAGCGAGAACGAAAAUAUGGUGUUGUGAAAAACGAUAUCCAACCAUCACAAGUUCAGUCACAAUGCGAUGCAACUGUAAAUACUGAUCCACUCCAAUUAUCGUUAUUAACGCCAUUUCCGUCAACACCCAAUUUUGUCUCAUUCACCUCUCGUACAAAUCAAAUAACGGUACGUGUUCCACUUCCGCACGUUAAUGAAAUUGCGGCAAAACAAAUCGUUUAUUUACAUGAUGAAGGAAGUUUAGUUCGAUGGAAUGACGUUCUUUGGCGUACAUUAUGUUAUUUUCAUGUACAAGAUCUUGGAAAUAUUGGUGUGAAUCGAGCUGAUCAUAUACCAUGUGUUGAGAAUUUAAUUCGAACACAAAAUAAAAUUAAUGUUUACCUCGAUUCAUAUGGAUAUUAUCAUACUAUAGGUACACUAUUUGAAUUAGAAAAAGAUUUAGCGUCAUUGUUUCAAAAACAAAAUUACUGCGAUUUAUUAUUGGGUCCUGUAUAUAAACAACCAAAAAUUUAUGAAUUAUUUCAUUAUCCUUCUACGUUAACAACACCGAAUACGGGAGGACAUAUUUUGAAUGUCAGAACAUCAGAUGUAUUGAAAUUUCUCGAUGAAUUUAUGACUAAACAACAUUGUUGGAAUUCGGCAAAUGACAUUAAUGUUGAGCAAUUUUUGCUAUUUAUGGCUAGUAAAUUAAAUAUAACAAAUAUUAAUGAAUUAGGUGUUCGAAUCAAAAAUCCUUAUCUACCUCGAACUUGUAUAAAAGCUGUUCAAGCAAAUCAGCGUAAAGGCAUGGAACUUGCACGAGAGCAAACAGCUGAAGCACUCAAAUUAUUGGCCCAGCAAGAAACUGCAAAAACUCUACGUCUUAUUCAAGAAAAAUUUGAUAUUAAAAGUCCGUUAGAUACAUCGUCAUCAUCUGCUAAAAAUGAAAAAGAAUCAAAACUAACUGUCGUUGAACGACAACGAUAUCAAUAUUUAACGAUGGAACCACUCGAUGUUAUGGAUGAUCUCAUAGAUAUAUGUCGUGUUCUAUUCAAAGGAAAACCGUGUUUCAAGAAAAUGUAUCAAGUACUGAAGUUUAUACGUGAUGAUUCAGUCUUAAGAAAUCUAUUUCAAAUUUCCAUCUGUCUUGGACGAUUUGCAUUGCCUGAAGAAGAGAAAAGAACAAAUUAUAACAAUUCGAAAUCAUCACCAAUUCAACAACAAGAAAAAACAAGUAAAAAAACGUAUUUCCCCUCGUCGGCUACAUCAUCCGACUCUUCGUCAUCUGAAACAAGUGAAAAUGAAAAAGAUAGUAAAGAAAAGAAGCCAAUUGUUGAUGAUCGUGUACGACCAACAGAAGAAAAUGUCAUUGAAGCAUUUAAAGAACAAAUUUCAUCUUUAGAAACAAUCACAUUUCAAUUAUUAGAACGUAUUGAGCAACGUUUAUGUGAAAAAUUCCAUUUUGAACGUUUUUAUGAAUUAGGACGAGGAACAUUUGUACAAUUUUUAAAACAAAAUGAAUAUUUAUUUCAUGAAAAAAUUGAUAAUAUUCAAUUCUCCUUUUAUAGUGAUCAAGAAUUGUUGAAAAAGAAAAUGAUGGUGAUUGAUAUGAAUAAAACAAGUGUUAGUCUACAAGAGAUUCAUCAAUUAAUUUUUGAAUUUCUUGAAAAUAAUAAUAAUCAAAAACAAAUUAGUGAACAACAAGAAAAAUUUUAUGAAUUUCUAAUAUGUUAUCAUUAUCAUGUUGACACAUUUACGUCUCUUGGACAUGGCACAUUUCACAACGUCUUAUCAAAACUAAAACAAAUGAAAAAACCAAUAACAGUUGGUGGUAAAAGAGCAAUUUCGUAUGAAUGUACAAUGUUAGAUGAAGAUAAUUGUAUUUUUAAGAAACCAGAACGAAAUUCAUUUUUAGAAGAUCUUCAAGAAAAAGCUAUUUUAUCCCUUAUUAAUUGUCCAUUACUCGAAAACUUGUAUGAAUAUUCACAGUGGAAUAUUUUAUAUCGAUCGUCUUUGGGCGAUUUAAAAGAUUUUUUGUUAAAAUAUAUUGGUAAACAAAUAACAUUUCGUAAUAAUUCUGUAAUAUCUUUUGAUGUUUGUGCAAUUGAAAUUGAAUCAUCUACUUUGUUAAAAUUAAGCACAACUUCAACACUUGAUACAUUCAAACAAUCAUUAUAUAAUUAUAAUGUUAUUCAAUCAUCUGGUCAUCUUGUAUCAUUAUUAACACAAUAUUGUUCAUUAAAAAAUGCUCCAUUAGCAUUAUUAACAAACAUUAUUGAAACAUUUAUGAGUAAAACAAUCAUUAAUGAUAGACAGACAAAACAAUUGUAUGAAUUUCUUGUUAAACUUCUAACACGAAUGCCAUUUCUAUUAACAUGUAAUAUAAUAAUGAGAUUAUUUCUUGAACCAUUAAUUAAACUUGAAGGCAGUGUAUUAAAAGUACGUGAAUGUCUAUGGAAUGAAUGUUUGAACGAAAAUAGUGGUUAUAAUUCAAGAAUAAGAUUUGUUAAAUUUGGCACUUGGCUAGGCAUUAGUGAAUGGUCAAAUGAUAAUAUAGUACAGUCAACAAAUAUGACACAACAAGUUGUAGAAAAACCACAAACAAGUAUCAGUAUUUCUAGAACUGUUGUGGAACCUAAAAUAGAAAAUACAUCAUUAUUGUCUACGAAAAGUUCAUUUCCAUCAAACGUAUUAGUAAAACAAGAUCUUAUAUCAGAUAAAAUGAUUGAUAAUUCUAUGGAAAAAUGUCAUUCACUAAUUGAACGUAUUCGUCGUGAAAAGUUUGGUAUUGGUAUUGAAUUAUCAUCGGAAGGACAACAAUUGACAGAUGCAUUAAAAGCAUUAGUUGGACGUAGUCUUGAUCGUUUAUCAAAAGAACUAUACAAUACUGAUAUGCAUUUUGUUCUGGAACUUAUUCAAAAUGCAGAUGAUAAUCGAUAUACAAAUUUAGAAUUAUCAGUUAAAAAUGGAGUAUCCGAUGUUCCAUCGUUAGUAUUUGUUGUUGAACAAAAUUCAAUAACAUUAUAUAAUAAUGAAGAUGGUUUUAGAGAAGAAAAUAUAGAAGCACUAUGUGAUGUUGGAAAAUCGACCAAAGGUAAACAUAAACAAGGUUACAUUGGUCAAAAAGGAAUUGGCUUUAAAUCCAUUUUUACUGUUUGCGAUCGUCCAGAAGUUCGUUCAAAUGGUUAUUCUAUUUAUUUUGAUGCACUUAGUGGUCCCAUUGGCUAUAUAUUACCAAACUGGAUGAUGAUAUCUGAAAUAAAUGAAGAAAAUUGGACAACUCGAAUACGUUUACCAUUAAAAUCUGAAAGUGAAAUGCAGAAACAUAAAGCACGUUCAUUAACAUCGAGUUUCAACGAUAUUCAUCCAUCAUUAUUAUUAUUUUUAAAUCGUUUACGUUCAAUAACAAUUGAUAAUCGUGUAACAAAUUGUAAAAGAAUUUAUCAACGCAUUGAUAUUAAUGAUAGUUCAAUAAUUGAAAUACAUUGUCAUGAAAUAUUAUCAACAACAAGAAAAACAACUAUUGAAAAAUGGUUUGUAUUUAAACGUAAAUUAACUGUACCAAAUGAAUUACGACCAAGUCUCGAUAUUGAAUCAACUGAAUUAGCGUUAGCCUUCCCAUUGUAUGAUAAUAUUCAUGAAGAUAAAACAUUUAGUUUACCAAAACAAGAUGUAUGCGCCUAUUUACCAUUGAGAACGGUUCCAUCGUCACGACAAGACAUAUUAUCGGAUAGUUCAUGGAAUCAAUGGUUACUAAAUGAAAUACCUCAAUUGUACAACGAUGUUUUAGAACAAUUUAAACAACAACAAGAUGCUACAAAAAUCGAUCCAAUUCAAUUAUUUUUGCGCUAUUUACCAACAAAUGAAAGUGAAAUUCAUGGUCUAUUUCAGUUUGUCUGUCGUUCAAUUCUACGACAAUUACGUGCAAAAUCAUUUUUACCUGUUAUUAUUGAUGAUAAUCAAACAAUUGAUUAUCGUACACCAAGUGAAUGUGUACUUGUCCGUGAUACAUACAUUAAAGAUGUUUUAACACCAGAAUUAUUAAAAACACAUUUAAAUUUAUAUUAUUUAUCCGAAAAUUUAAUUCAAAAUAUUGAUCAUCGACGUUUAUUAGAAUUAGGUGUUCAUUGUCUUGAUCAUAAUCAAUUAAUUGAUGUUAUUAAGCGUUUAUUUUCAUCUUCCUCAUCUUCAAAAACAAUAGAAUUAUUUGCCAAUAAUAAGCAUAUGUUAGCAAAAUGGUUUUGUUGUUUAUAUCGUUGUUUAAACGAUUUGACAUUAAAAGAAGAAGAAAAUAUUUUUAAACAUGUACAAUCAUUACCAAUAAUUCCUUUAACAAAUGGAAAAUGGACAUCAUUAUCGACAACUGUUGUAUUUUUUAAACAUUAUCAACAACAAACAGAUAUAGCAAUUGAAAAUGAUCUAAUUGAACAAGAUUUAAAUAUACUUGAUAAUGAAUUAUUUCAAACAAUUUCCAAUGAUCCUGUUGCCGUAACACAAGUACAAACUGUAUUAGAACGUCUUGGUGUUAAACGAUUUGUAACAAAAGAUAUAAUUGAACAACAUAUUUAUCCAAUAUUUGUAAAUGAUUUAUUAUGGAAAGAAAAAUCUUGUCAUUUACUUGUUGCUUAUGUAAUCUAUAUUUAUGAUUUUUGGUGUAAACAACAACAAAUCGAUAUGAAAUAUCUUAAAACGAUUAUUCAAUUAGCAACAACAAAUCAAUUAACUAUUGAACAAUUUAAUAAUCCAUUAAAAAAAUCAAUUCAUUUUACAAAAACAUAUGGAAAUCGAUAUGAUUUAAAACAAGAUUAUCCAAAUUAUGAAUGGUUAUUAUUAAAUGAUGUUUAUAUUGAACAAUUACAAUAUGAAAAAAUGAUUAUGAAGGAAAAACAAAAAAUAUCGAUACAAGAUCGAAUGAAAUUACAUCGUUUUAUGAAUGAAUUAGGUGUAAAAGAUUUUUUACAUAUUGAACAAACAUCAAUAAAAAAUAUUCAUUAUAAACAAGAUUUAAAAUUAUCAUUAUUAUGGUCAGUAAGAUGUGAAGAUAUUCUACCAUCAAAAGAAGAAGAAUAUAAUCCAUAUGCAUCUAUGGGUGGUGAAGAAGCAAAUAAUAUUGAUGAAUAUGUACCAAUGAAAGAGGAUGAACAAAUAACAGAUGUUUAUACAAUUCAAGAUUGGACAUGUAAACAAUUUUCAUCAUUAAUAAGUACAAAAUCUAUUAUAAUUAAUAAACGUUUAUUUGAAGCAUUAGAAGAAAAUUGGAUGUCAUUUUAUGAUGCCUAUAAAGUAGCCUAUUUGUAUAAAAAUAAUAGUACAAAUGAUAUUGAUGAAGAAAAUGGAUUAAAAUUACGUGAAUAUGAUUCAACUUUUUAUUCACAUUUAAAAACUGAUUCAUGGUUACCCACAAUUCAAACAGAAUUUAAAACAAUGGAUAAUAGUGAUACAUAUGAAACAAGUAGUAUUGAAACGAUUGUUAAACAUGAACUACAUUCACCAAAUAAAGUCUAUGUUAAAACACAAUUAAUUGAAAAAUUAUAUCAUCAACAUGUGCCAUAUGUUUAUGCUGAUGUAAAUGAAUCAAGUUUAUUCACAACAGACUUAGGUCUUAUUCAUAGUGUUAAACCAUCUGAUGUUGUUGCCAUGUUAUUACGUUGGUCUGAUCCUACAAUAAAUGAAACAGAUUGUAAACAUGGUUUAAAACAUGCUUUAUUUCAUACAUCACUAUCUCAUAUUCGAUAUGUCUACGAAUAUUUAUAUCGAAAUAUGGAAGAAGAUGAAUUAAAACAAUUGAUUGAUGAAAAACCGAUUAUUUUUGUUCCUGUUCAAUCAGCAAAAUCUUCUAUUAAAACUCUUAAUAAUAAUGCCAUUGUACGCGGUCUAUUUGUUCAUAAAAGUGAAGUUUGUUGGCAUGAUCCAUCAUAUAUGUUUUCAAAAUAUCGUCCAUCAUUUUCUCUAUUUGAAAAUAAUGAUAAUGAAUUUUGUCGUUUUAUAUUAAAACCAUUUUAUUCUGAUUUACAACAUUUAUUUUUAAAUAUUUUUCAAAUAUCAACUUCACCAACUAUUGAAGAAUAUAUUGCACUACUAGAUUAUAUUUCUUAUCAUAAUAAUAAUCAUCCAACGAAAGCAAUAAUUCAAGAUGCAUUUUCAAUAUACAGAUAUGUUGGUCAACGUUGUUCUUCUACCAGAAGUGAAUUGAUUGAACAAAAUGACGAAACUUCCAAAGAUGAUAUGCUUGAACAAGAAGAAGAAAUGGACACCAGUGAUUCUAAUGAAGUAUUAGACGCUACCAAACAACGUAUACAAGAUCUUUUAUCUCGUAAAACGGUAUUUCCAAUUAAAAGUCAAAAGUGGAUAUGUCUUGAAGAUGAUCCAAUUAUUAUCGAUGAUAAUGAAAUAGCCUCGAAAUUUGAUAUUAAACGUGUACCAUUCCUUCAAUUGUCAACAAAUCGUUCAAAUAACGAAAAUCAAUACAAUGAAUUACAUCGUGAUAUUCGAGCAUUUUUCAAUUUGUGCAAUAUUAAAAAAUUAUCAGAUGUUUUAGUGAUUGAACAUAUAACAGAAAAUUUGUGUGAAGCACCUCAAAUACAAAAUUUUCUCUCACCACUGGUACCCUACAUUCAAAUGUAUAUGAGUUCAAGACCCGAAUUUCAUACCGCUUAUGAAUGGACAAAAACAAUAAAUUUACAAGAAAAAUUAUUAAAUAUAAAGAUGUAUCUGGUCGGUCGUCUCGAUAUACUGUAUCGUUUUAAACAUAAUUCAUUAAUAACUGUAUUGUCAUCGGAAAAAUGUUGUUCAAUAUUGACAGAUGAAAAUAUUCUAGAAUUUUAUGUUCAACGUGAUUACAAUGAACGUCUACGUGAAAUAUGUCAAUAUUUUUCGAGAAUAUUUGUUAAUCAAAUAACAAAUAUACCUAAAAUGAAUAAUAUGAACACAAAUUUAGCGAGAAAUUUGGCAAAUUUUAUGAUAUUAUUAAAUGAAGAAUUGAAAGAAAAUAUGUUUAAUUUAGAAUCGUUUGCUAAAUAUCAACAUUUUGAAUUACAUUUGAAGCAAGGCUUAAUACCUUGGUCUAUACCACGAAAAGAAAUAAAAUUUCAAACAAUUCAAGAACAAUCACAAGUUGAUGAGGAAAAAGUACGCAUACUGCUAGAAAAUGUUGCACAAAAUCAAGAACAAUAUCAAGUAUUUAGAAAAAAUCAACGAGAUAAACGUUUACAACAGCAGCAAGAAGAAAAUAAUAUGGACGAUAUUAAAACAACAAAACCUGUUCAUUCAUGGCCACCUGCAGCUAUGUCAUCGAAUAUUUGUGCGGCUGUUAGCCAUCCUUCAGGACCAAAGUUUAUAAUGACAGAAUCAGAAGAGGGAGAAUGGUUAGAUCCAUCACAGAAUAAUCAUCAACAUCAACAAAUACAAUUAUCACAGCAGUCAAGCAUUUUAGAUUCAUCUAUCAUUUCAGAUAUAAAACGUCCUCCCUUAUUGCCCACACCACUUGUAUCAACUCUCAAUCCAACACAACUUCAGUCAGCCGAAACAACAAAUAAACAAUCAUCAUUGCACAUGGACAGAAUACAAUUUCCAUUUCGUAUCGCUUCUAACGUUGUCACUAUAGAGGAAAAUUAUGAAAAUAUUGAUUAUUCAUCAACGAGACAAUUUAAUCUAAAAGAUUUAACAUCGGAAAUAGUCGAUAAUCGAGAAACAACAUCUGAAUUUGAGCAAAUAAUAAAAAAUAUUGGAAAAUGGGGUGAACAAUGGGUGAAUGAAUAUUUGCAUGCACGUUACAAAAGUGAAAUUGAGUUCAAACAACUCGAAUUUGUAUGGGUAAAUGAAAUGGAUGAACAAGGCAAACCGUAUGAUUUUAUUAUAAAACAUACUGAUGGAAAAGUAAUUUAUAUUGAAGUUAAAAGUACAAUUAGUGAUAAACGUGAAUUAAUGCCCAUUACUCUUAAUGAAAUUCAAUAUUGUUGUACGUCAGAUAAUACGGCUAAUAGUACAUAUGAAAUCUAUCGUUUAUACAAUGCUGGAAAAUUAGAACAAAUGUUUGUAUGUCGAUGUGUUUGUUCAUUCAACACUAGAUUGUGUUUGAAGAAGCAAUCGUUAUUGAAAAGUUUAUUACCACAAAUAAUUCGAAUUUCAAGCUAUCACUUGAAUAUAAUCGAAACAGAGAAUAAAAUAACUGUACCUCACAAAACGACAAAAAAUAUUGAAAAAUUACGUGCAAAAGUUGUUUACAAACAAGAAAAAGAACAAGAUCCACCUGGUGACAAAACAGUACCGCCAAUCAUAUCGUGUAAACGUAACACAUUCAAUCAUCAUGUUGGACGUCGUUAUAACCAUUUUACUGAGAAAAAUGUAGCAUCAGCAACAUGGGGUCAUCAAGGCUCUAAAGGUGACUAUUUUACUAUAGAUCAUCAUUUCAAGAAUCCUGCAUGGACACAGUCGACAAUCGAAACGUUCGAUUUAUUACAAUGUGAACCGAAAAUAGUUGAAAUUUUACAAAAUGUAAAAAUAAUACAUCCAACGUCAGCUCAAUGUAGGGGUAUUCCAGAAAUUAGAAGUGGUCGACAUAAAAUAUUAGCAGCUGAAACAGGUAGUGGAAAAACUUUAGCAUAUCUCAUUCCAAUUAUCGAAUCAUUAUUAAUGAUGCGUUUACAAAAUCAAACACGCAGAGAAGUUUCAGAAAAUGCACCAUUUGCUUUGAUAAUGGCGCCAACACUCGAAUUAGUUAUGCAAAUCCAAAAUAUGUUAAAAAUAUUUGAUGAGCUUGAUAUUCAAACGAAAACUCUCAUAGGUAUUAAUCCAGAUAAGGAUCCACUUAAUUUUUCACUGGGUCAAUUCGAUAUUUUGGUUACUACUCCGGGAAUAUUACUUCGUAUCUUACGACAAGAUGAACAUUUCGGUAUAAAACAACGAUUGAUCGGAGCAAAUCUAAGACAUAUUGUUAUCGACGAAGCAGAUAGUAUGCUUGAUGCGACAUUCAGUCCAGUUGUUGUUGAAAUUAUUCGACGUUUGGAAGUCGAUGUACAACCCAUAAAUGAUGAUAAAAUACCAGCCGUACAAUUAAUAUUUGUCUCAGCAACUAUGCCAACAUCAACGGAAGAAAACCUUAAAGAACUUGUGAACAUAGAGAGCUUCGAUCAACUAACAACACCGGCUCUUCAUAGAAUAAUGCCGCAUGUACCACAAAAAUUUUAUCGUAUUGGAAGUGUACAAAAAUUAAAUCUUCUCUUGAACUUGGUAAAAUACGAUAUUGAAAAAAAACAUUCGACUCUGAUAUUUUGUAAUAAAUCACCGACCGUACAAUUUCUUAAGUAUUUUUUUAAAGAUCAACGAAUUGAAGUUUUAACCAUGCACGGUGGUUUAACAAAUUAUAUAAGAACAAAAAACUUUGAAUCAUUUCGUAAUGGUGAUAAUCCUAUUUUGUGUGCAACAGAUAUUGCAUCGAGAGGUGUCGAUACGUAUUGGGUUACUCAUGUAAUUAACUUUGAUUUUCCACGUUAUAUUUCUGAUUAUAUUCAUCGAGCUGGUCGUGUUGGACGUGUUGGCUCUCGUAAUCCGGGUAAAGUGACCAGUUUCGUAACAUAUCCGUCUGAAGUUGAAUUAGCUCAAAAAAUAGAAGUCACAACACGAUUUAAUCGAAAAUUACAAAAUGUUAAUAGUAAUAUUAAAUUAUUAAUGGAGAAACAGACUGAAAAAAAACAACAACAGCAAGAUAAAAAUGACUAUCGUGAGAGAAUAAAAAAUUAUUGUGAUGAAAUAAUACGUUCUAGCAAAUUAAUAGAAUGUGAUAGAUGA